AUGAGUGAGGGAGUGAUACCACCACAAGAACCACAAAUAAUAAUAGAUACAGAUGAUGACAGCGCAUUAACGCAGGAUCAGCAAGAUGAGAGGAGGAUGUCGGUAUCCGAAUUGUCCUUACCAUUUCUACUAAAGGGCCUCUUUGGUCUCAAUGGAUUGACACUUGCUCUGCAAUCGUUGUCUCUCAUGUACAUUGUCAACACACAAGUGGCCAUGCCGGUUUCGCUACUUCCAAGUUAUGGUGCAAUCGCCUUUCUCCCAUGCUCUCUUAAGUCAAUAUAUGGAUAUCUGAGUCAAUACGGCGAGAGGAUGCAUUUGUUUGUCGUGUUGCUGAUGGCCAACAGUUUAUGUUUGGUUUGCACGGCUCUGAUACCAGAGGGUGGCGUCUUUCUUGCAUUCCUCUGGGGCUUUCUUCGUGGCAUUACAGAUUCUUGGGCAGAGUUUAUUUUGGGUUUGAGUUUGGUCGAUCAUGCGGUGAAGCACGGCACGGACGAUCCAAAGACGUUUGAUUUGCUGUCAUCACAAUUUCAAGCGGAAGCAUCCACAAUGAGGAAUCUUGGAACAAUGUUGAGCAGCAUUUUUGCAUGUGCUCUCUUUCUUGCACGACAACUGUACUCACCGGAACAAGAGCAACUCAGUGGCAGUGUCGCCAAAGGGCUGUUGUAUGCCACUGCUUUGUUUCAGCUCACGGGAGCCUUGGUCGCCUGUUCUUUUUGGCAAAACAUGGCGAACCAUCUACCAACUCCGAACGACGACUCUGGAUUUCAUCGAAUCAAUCAGGUAGAUGACAGCUUUCGACAAAUGGAGGAAACGACAACUGAUGAGGCAUCUGCGCUAAUGGAUGAAGAAGGUAGUUUCCCAUCCUACACGAGUGAGAGUACUGAUGGAGAAUUCCAUGACGACGACGAGGUUGAGGCGAUUCCUCGGUCUUCCAUUUUCAACUGGGUCCUAGUCGCUCUAUUACAGACUAUCAUACUGUGCAUGGGUCUAAAGGAUCCCAUCAUUGAGCACACGUCUCAUUUGAUAUGGGCUUUCUUUGUCUCGGCGAUUUUUCUACUGAUUGUCAUGAUGUCCAUUGCAAUGUACUCUCAGAGCCUGUGGAAAAGUUCUCAUCGCGUGGGACUAUUCUUGGUCUUGCGGCAUGCCAUUCCGAGUGAUGGUAUGGUACUGGGUGCCUUCUACUAUGGCGUGUUUCAGUCAGCUCCUCUAUUGUUGCAGCUGUUGUCUUUGGUCAACAGAGUAGUCUCGACACUCUCCUCGUGGUCGUAUGGAAAGUUCUUUUCGAAAUACAGCAGUGGGAACAAUUUCUUGGCUGUCAUUGCCGGAACUACACUUUUGGCAGCAGUUGCGAACUUGACCAACCUUUUCGUCUUUGAAAAUGUGACUAGUGCACACAUUUUCUGGGUAGUGUUGGCUGUGCAAGCAGUGACAACCUUUUGCAAAAAUUGGUCAUUCUUGCCCGAUGUGGUACUUGCCACCAAAUCAUUGAGUGGUACUGUUUGCGCUAUGGAUUCUUCGGAACCAAGACUGGAAUCCAGAGGUCGACAAGACAAGAAACGCUCCAUGAGGAUUGGUGUCGAAUAUGGAACCCUCGUCUCUUGCAUCGACUUUGGAGAUCAGAUUGGAGCAGUGGCUGCGGGACCAAUGGUGGCAGCCCUCGGGGUCAGUCGCGAAAACGAUUGGAGAAACCUGGGAAGCUUCAUUGUGUUCAGUGGUAUGUUCACCGUGGCUUCCAUUGGAUUGAUAAAGCUAAUUCAUAAGCGGGUCCCUUGA